AUGGAGCAACAACAUGUAAACAAAAAAUUAAAAAACAUAGUCAUACUCCUUGCAAUAGCAUUAAUCCUCAUCACCAUUAUCCGCCUCCACUAUCCCAUCCUCAAGGAUAAUGAAUCCUCCUCCCCUCUAUCCACCUUCAAAAACUCGGGAUUAAUCGGGCCUUCGUACCGCGACAUCAAAAUCCCGGACGAUGUCGAAAAAUGCGACAUUUUCACGGGCGAAUGGGUGCCGAACCCGGACGCCCCUUACUACACGAACGAGACGUGUUGGGCAAUACACGAGCACCAAAACUGCAUGAAAUACGGGCGGCCCGAUUCGGAUUUCUUGAAGUGGAGAUGGAAGCCCGACGGGUGCGAAUUGCCCGUUUUCAACCCGUUUCAGUUCCUGGAUAUGGCCCGAGAUAAGUCCAUGGCUUUUGUGGGGGAUUCUGUGGGGAGAAACCAAAUGCAGUCCAUGAUAUGCCUCUUGUCCAGGGUCGAGUACCCAAUUGACGUCUCCCCAACGCCGGACGAGCACUUCAAGCGCUGGCGGUACGAAAAUUACAAUUUUACCCUCGCCUACUUCACGUCCCCAUUCCUGGUCCGAUCCAGGGAGCGCGACUCGGACGGCCCGACCCACACCGGUCUAUUCAACCUCUACCUCGACGAACCGGACGAGUCGUGGUCCACCCAGAUCGACGGCUUCGACUACCUCAUCCUCAGCGCCGGUCACUGGUUCACCCGCACCGCCGUCUACUACGAGCGCCGCCACGCCGUCGGCUGCCGCUACUGCCAGAUCCCCAACCUCGCCGACCUCCCAAUGUCGUACGGCUACCGCCGCGCCUUCCGUACGGCGUUCGCCGCAAUCAACGGGCGGCGGGGAUUCGACGGCGUCACGAUCCUCCGGACGUUCGCUCCUUCGCACUUCGAGAACGGGCUGUGGAACGAGGGCGGCGACUGCGUGCGGCGGCGGCCGUUUGCGGGAAAGGAGGCGGUUUUGGAAGGGAUGAAUUUGGAAUUUUACAUGGUCCAGCUGGAGGAGUUUAGGGCAGCGGCGAGGAUUGGGAGGAAAAAGUUGAGGCUGAUGGACACUACGCAGGCCAUGCUGCUGAGGCCCGAUGGGCAUCCGAGCAGGUACGGGCACUGGCCCAAUGAGAAUGUGACUCUGUAUAAUGACUGCGUGCAUUGGUGCCUGCCUGGGCCCAUUGAUUCGUGGGCCGAUUUUCUGGCCCAUAUAAUGAAGAUGGAGGCACGGAGGACUUACAAGGAGAGGCUCCUGCAGAGUGGGAAGAAAAUGCAGUAG